UCUGGGAUUUCAUUUAUCGGAGUACUUGCAUCCAGACUGUAUGCAUUUGGAGAACCCCAGUAGACUAACACGUUAGAUCCUGAUAACUGACCCUUUGGAUAUUCUUGGCAAGCAUGAAAACGAAGAACUGUUCCUUGAGUGUCUUGCAGGACAGUUGAUAUGUUCCAGGGGAAGGCUGUUUGUUCUACAAAGUUGAGAAGAAUCUGCGUUCUCCUGGAUUUUAAAUAAAUAUAAAAUGAAAGUUUAAAAUUUAGCCUCCAAAAUGAAUAUUGAAAAGUUGGAUGAAAAAGCAAAGAAUGGCUUGAAGUCUUCAUUGCUCGUAAGGGAUGAAAAUGGAAAUAACUACACUUGCGACGAAGCUACAUCUUGCUCAAAGAACUGUGCCACCAAGGUGCGUGGUAGUUCAACUGACCAAAAUAUAGUGACUGAGCAUGACUAUACCAAUGUUGAAGAUAAGAGUGACUUCAAGAGAAUUCCUUUAAAACAUCAGUGUACUGAAGCACCGGGUCUGCAGAAAACUCCUAGUGGGUGUAACUGCACAGGAGCUUUAUUAGGAGAUACAGAUGAUACAUGCAAGUCAUCUGUGACAGAGCAGACUUGUGCAUGUACUUUGAGCUAUGACCUGAAUGAAACAACAAGCUUCCCGAAAGAUAACCUUGCUAUGGCAAAAAUGCAAAACCCGAAUAUUGAACAAUUGGUGCCUUACAGUCAAACUGACUCUGACUGUGUAUUGCCUCUUCCUGCUUCAGAGCAGGACACGCAGUCCGUGAUGAAAGAUGGGGUACACUGCCACCUGAGCACAGUAGAUGUUGCUAAUGUUAUGGGUGGAACAGUGGGAACUGAUCAAAAUGAAGACAUACGUCUGAGGAAAACGCUAAUAUCUUCCGAUGAAGUAAAUACAAGAGAGAAAUUUGAUACAAUUGGCCCAGGAAAAACACCUAAUUUCUCUUCUCUCAUGGUGGCUUCACAAGGCCCAAAUGCCCAUUUGGAGAUUGAAGUGCUUUGUCCUGCCUCUGCAGAUGUCAAACACUAUCUGAAAAAUAUGAAUAACAUUGAAAAAGAACCACAGGAAACGGAAAUACAGUCCGUAAAACUAGCCGCUGGAUCUGUAGAUCCUCACAGGAGAGACUUCUUAUCGCUGCCCGUUAGCAUGUGUGAAGAUGAGCAAAAGAAAAUCUUCCGGCCUACACCUGAGCUUGAUGGAACUGGACAUUCCACUGGUGAAACACAGAAGGGUAGACCUGUAAGCAACAUACACCUCCUUCCAGUAGAUACUACUGAUGGAAAGCAAGUAUCAAAGAAAACAAGUGAACAUUUAACCAAAGAACCAAGUAUCUCUAGAAAUGCUGCUUUUGGAGAUACGAACAACAGUCCUCUCAUAACUGAGACGCUAAUCUGCAGCGUACCAAAGCCAGAGAGGACUGUUAAACCUGAGCUGAAAUGCGAAACCACAUUUGUGGUCUUCAGUCCUGUGGCUGAUGAAAGCGGUUCUGCUCUAUGUACUUCAACCCCUAAAGAACGAUCAAAAAAUACAACUUUUUCCAUUUCAGCUAUGGCAGAAUUUGGAGACAAGUCUUCUAAACUAAUCCCCAAUGAAGUGUUUGUGGGAGAGCAUGAUAGAAGGCCUUCGUUUAAAACUAGUUCAUGUCAAGUAGCAGGAAAGCCAGUAGGCAGGUCUGCUAUUGUGUCAACAAUAACCAAAGCAAGGAAAUCGGAGAUUGUUAGUUUUCCCAGACCUAAUUUCAAAAAUGUUAAGCCAAAGGUUAUGUCCAGACCUGUGCUGCAGUCAAGAGAGAGUGCAUCAUUAAAAGGAUCUCCUCAAUCCCCCCAACUAUCGUCUAUCUCCUCGACUUCACCAGUUGCUUCCCCGAGGCAAUUGUCCCCUUCCAUAAAGGUGCUGAAAAAGAAAAUAGAUUUAAGUAAAGAUACUAAAGUGGAAUUGCCUGUGAAUAAGCCCCAUAAGCUACAUCUUAGCAAACAUCUCUUCACUAGCCAAGUUCUGCAUGCCACAACUCAUCCCAGAAAUGCUUCCCACAAGGCUUCAAAGACACCUGCAUUAAAGCAGAAUCUGGAAGACACUGGCAAAGCAAGCUCUUCCAAUUCAGCUUGCUCUUUGCUUUCUGCUGCUCCUAUUAAGGAUAAAUUGGAAAGUUCAAACUCUUUAACGGAGCCCUAUGCUCAAAAUAACUGUCAGACUGGAGUUGAAAAAGAGCAGCAUGGCAAUAUGGGAAUUCUUCUGGAAGCAGCGUUGUUAAAGGAUAAAGCGAAUGAAACGUUUGACUUGCGCUCCGAUUCUUUGAUAUCUUCCCCAAAAGUUGGGGCAGCACAAGGGAAAGAUACACCAAAGAAAGGGCCAGUCACACCACGAAGUGCAUCAGCUCCCAAGGUUAAAAUAGUAUCAUCCAUGUUUCCCUUGAAGAGAGGAAGUGAAAAUAUCUGCACAAUUAAAGGACCUUCUCACAAAGGAACUGUUCUGUCCUCAAGCUCUGGUGUAGGGACCUCUCCCCGGGAGAAGCCUGCCUCCAUGAAAAAUUCUGCAGCCUCUUGGGCUAGCUCUGGUAAACCACUACUUAAAUCCAAAGUGCCUGUCAAAAGGUCAGUGCUGGAGAGAACCCAUAGCAUCUCAUCAGUCAGCAGCACUCAGAGUGAGCGAAGUCUUCUCAGCAGUAAUUCUACGAGUGCCACAAUCAUCAUCAAAAAUGGAGAAUGGUCUUCAAAACCAGCUUGUCAGAAUGGUACUUCCGGAUCUGUCCCUUUAAAAGCAGUACCGAGACCAAGAAUACACUCCUUGAAAGCAACUCCAAAAGGAGCCAAGGCCAGGUCUGCUUCACUAAACCAGUGCUUACCAAAAUCAUCUGGGCCGUUGCACUCGGCAAGGAAAAUCAGUGAGGCUAGAAGCAAUCAGCUGUGGGGUACUCCUGGGAGAAAUGGACCUCAAAGCGUAUCCUCUUUUGGCUCUGUUGACAAGGGUAAGCAGCGGAGUCCUAAAAACUCAUGCAUACAGACACAGACUUCCACAGACGUGCAUUCACAUGGAACAAAAACAGCCGAGUUGACGCAGUAUAAAACAAAAUGCGAGAACCAAAGUGGAAUCAUCCUGCAGCUGAAGAAAUUCCUGUCAAGUAGUAACCAGAAGUUUGAAGCGUUAACGGUUGUGAUCCAGCACCUACAGACUGAGAGGGAAGAAGCACUAAAACAGCAUAAAGAGUUAUCUCAAGAACUAGUUAACCUUCGAGGAGAACUGGUAACAACUUCUGCAGCUUGUGAGAAAUUGGAGAGAGACAGGAAUGAGCUGCAAGCUGCUUAUGAAGGAUUUGUGCAGAAGUUAAAUCAGCAACACCACAAUGAUUUAGCUGAGCUGGAGGAGAGGCUUAAACAGUUUUACACCGCAGAAUGUGAGAAACUCCAGAACAUCUGCAUUGAAGAAGCUGAAAAGUACAAAGCACAACUUCAAGAGCAGGUUGACAACUUAAACAUCACACAUGAGAACUUUAAGCUGGAACUUGAAAGCAGCCACUCAGAAAAAGUAGAGGAGCUGAAAAAGGAAUAUGAAUCUUCUUUUUCAGAGCUCAAGAGUGCCCAUGAAUCUGAAAGGAAGUCGCUUCAGGAUUCCUUUAAAGAGAAGCAGGAAUUGCUAGAGAAAAAGAUUGAUGAAUUAAAAUGUGAAAAUGACUCUCUAAGUGAGAGGCUGAAAUUAGAAGAGCAAAAACAAAUAGCCAAAGAAAAAGCCAAUCUUAAAAACCCGCAGAUUAUGUAUUUGGAACAGGAACUGGAAAGUUUGAAAGCAGUGUUGGAGAUCAAGAAUGAGAAGCUACAUCAGCAGGAUAUAAAGCUAAUGAAGAUGGAAAAACUGGUGGAAAACAAUACAGUCUUAAUGGAUAAACUGAAGAAAUUUCAGCAAGAAAAUGAAGAAUUAAAAGCUCGAAUGGACAAACACAUGGAACUUUCAAGGCAACUUUCUACUGAGCAGGCCGUUUUACAGGAGUCACUAGAAAAGGAAUCAAAAGUAAACAAACGUCUGUCAAUGGAAAAUGAAGAACUCCUGUGGAAGUUGCACAAUGGUGAUCUAUGCAGCCCAAGAAAACUGUCACCCAGUUCUCCAUCCGUGCCUCACCAGUCCCCACGAAAUUCUGGUAACUUCUCUAGUCCUACAGUAUCACCAAGAUGACAUCUCUUGAGACAAGGAGGAGAUUGCAUUUCAUUUACCAUCUGCAGAACUGAUCCUAACUUUAAUCACAGGAGCGAGAGCUAUACUAGCUGACUAUGAUGACUAAACAUAACUGGAAACUAUUUGGUGCAAAAAUGGCGAUAAGAGACAGAGACUAUGGGAGUAAGACACUUAUGUAUGUUGCUCCUCCCAAAAAGACAAGAGUAUGACCUCUAUGGACAUUGUUGCACAAAGCACUUACAGAGCAAGGAAAGUCUUGUUCAUUGCCUUUUCACCUAACUAAAAGAAAAGCUCAGGGGCUUAUAGAUAAAGAUCACAACAUUUAUAAUAUGUUCCUUAUCACAGACACUUUUUUAAGGCUGUGUGUAUGCGUGUGUGUGUGCUGUGAAUGGAAUGGAUGUAACACACUGUGUGUGUGUGUCUAAUGCUGCCUUCUUUGCUGUGUACAUAAUAAAGGAUAAAAGCUGAAGACUAUACAGUGACAUGUACUUCCUUAAUAACGGUGUCAGUAUGCAUGCUUUUAGCAGAGUACCCUUACCCAGAAAGGAGGAGAAACUGCCAUUAGUACUAUAGGUUAGUUUCCUUCCUCUUUCUGGUUUCAGUUCAGGACAAGAAUGGCAUGAAAAGCUAUGUCAAUUGACUCAUUAGUGGUCUACUUUAGUAUGCAAUUUUGAAUGAAUUUUAAAAAACAAGUUGAAUCGCAGCCAUAUUGUGCAUGGAUUAUUUGUUUAAUAUCCAUACACAACCAUCAGUUAUGACGAGACUUUUUUCGCAGGACAUAGUUGAUCUUGGCUUUUAAGUCAGCAGUCAUAGGCAGAACUCAAAGUCAGACCUUGGAAAUUGUUAGUCUAGUUGCAGGUUUAGAUGCCCGGACCUGUCCUUUUAUCUGCUGAAAAGAAUCACUUAUUUCCCAAGACCAGCAUGUCCAUUGCAGAGGCCAGCUGCUGAGGAAACGAGAUGCAGAUUUGAAAACCAAAGAAAAAGUAAUUGGCAUUAGGUGCAUUCUUAAUGCAAUUUUCAGCAAGGAUCUUAAGUAAUUUGUGAAUAUCAAUUUAUUAUCUGGUGACAACCUUUUACUUUUCAAGUAUUAGUUAUUUUUAUUACCAUUCAUCUGCGUUGGCGAAAUCCCUCUGAGGGGGAAGAUGGUAACUGUGUGUAGACAUCUUGCUAACUUUGCCAUACCUUCCUCCAUAGAGUGUAGAAUAUCAAUGUUUUGCCAGUUCAUUUGGCAAAAGAUCCUGUAAAAGUGAUCCUAUAAAGUAUGAAAAAACCUGUCCCUACUGCUUAAGCUGGAGGAUAAGGGUGUCAGCAUUUCAUGAAAUGUCUUACACUGCGCUUCAAGUUGAAAUAAGGUAAUUGCAAAACCUUGCUGCUCCCUUGGUCAGACCUGUUUAAGAUCUCUACCUUGUAUGUACUAAACACAGGUUCAACUUCCAAUUAGUAUUACAAAACACUAUCAAUGCUUACAUUAGCUCAGUUUUUAAAAUACCAUGAAGUACCAUUUUCAUGACCACCGCUCUACUACUGUUCAGCUAAUACUGUUAUCUAGCUAUACUGUAACUAUUUUGGAACAUUGUAUCUUCUAAGCUUCCCUGUGUUUUCCAGUAGCUUGGGAACCUUGAAUCAAGGGAUGGAAAGAGCUAGGGAACUAAACUAGAGAAGCACUUCAAACCGUUUUACCCAAGACUUGAAAAAUCUUGGCACUUCAGUAAGGAACACAGACAUACAGACAAGACUAACAGUACUCAUUCUGUAAGUAAACUUGUAAUAUAUUUUAAAAUGUGACUAUUUAAUCAUUAAAUUAACUUGUACGUUAUAUAAAAUUAAGUAAAGGGGUGCCAUUUCUAGGGAACGUUUUACUCUUUAUCCCUUUUAAGGCACUGCACAUGCCACUGUUAGUGGUGUCAAAACUUAAUCUGUUUUCCAGGGGUUUCAAAUUCAACUAUGACAAUUCUCUGUGGGCUGAAACUUGGCCUAAAGCAUAUCUUGGAACAAUCUUUUUUAUUUUCUAUGGUCAAAGAUUUGAUCACAUGUAUUCAAGCUGAAUGCUUAAAAAAUAAACUUUUUGUACUGCUUGAA